ACACCGGAGCCACGCGAUUCAGGUCCUCCUCAUUUUAAAAAGAGCUGCUACCCUGCAGUUCCCUCCAGAGCUUCAAAGGGGUGGUAAAAGUAUCCCUCGUGCCAGCGGACCAACUUUUUGCACCUUUUCUGUCAGAGGAAGAACGGAACGAGCGUGCACGCCAAUCUGCGGCUGCUGAUGGUGCGCUGGACCGAGAGUCAUUUAAGUUUCCAUUUUUCUUCCAGCUGCUUCUGCAUCCUUCAAAGUAUCUUCAGUCUUUGAUCUGCUGACCAGAAAUGGCACUGGACCGCAGGAGAACAUUUCGCGCCUCCGUUUUACUGACUUGUGUGAUAAUCUGCAAUAACGUGCUAUGUCCCGUCCGUGGCUAUCUCUACAACAACCGCUACGCAGGUGAUCAAGUCUUCAAGAUAAUCCCAAGUAAUGACAAGGAGGUCCGGACUCUAAAGGGAAUUCUCGGACAUAUGAAGGUGGAUUUCUGGCAGCCCAACAGUGCUUCUCUAAUCUGCCAAAAUGCCACAGUGGAUGUCCACGUGAAACGUAACGACACACAAGGUUUACAUGCACAAUUAAAGCAGGAACAUAUUGAUCAUCAGGUGUUUAUCUCCAAUCUACAAAAGGAAAUUGAAAAGCAGACGGGAUAUCGCUCCUCUCGCAAGCGGAGGUCAGAGUCUCAGUAUGACUACGAGGUUUACCACUCUUUGGAAGAGAUCCAGAGCUGGAUGUUUAUGAUGAACGCAACCCACUCCAACCUGGUUGACAUGUUCUCUAUUGGGAAGUCAUAUGAAGGAAGACCACUUUAUGUGCUUCAGCUAGGAAAGAGACGUCGUCCCCAGAAGAAAGCUGUGUGGAUCGACUGUGGCGUUCACGCCAGAGAAUGGAUAGGACCUGCCUUCUGCCAGUGGUUUGUCAAAGAGGCUGUCAACUCAUUCCAGUAUGACUCUGUGAUGACAAGACUCCUCAGCCAGCUCAACUUCUACAUCAUGCCUGUCUUUAAUGUGGACGGAUAUCGUUUCAGCUGGACUACGGAUCGGUUCUGGAGGAAGACACGGUCCAAAAAUCACAAGUUCCACUGCAGAGGAGUGGACGCUAACAGAAACUGGAAAGUAAAAUGGUGUGAUGAAGGUGCCUCUUCUCAUCCCUGCGAUGAUACGUAUUGCGGUCCCUUUCCCGAAUCUGAACCUGAAGUCAAAGCUGUCGCCAAGUUCCUGCGCAAGCACAAGAAGCGCAUGAAGGCGUACAUAUCCAUUCAUGCCUAUGCACAAAUGCUGCUUUACCCAUAUUCCUACAAGUAUGCCACAAUCCCCAACUUCAACUGUGUGGAGUCAGCAGCUCACAAUGCAGUGACAGCCUUGUAUUCUGCCUAUGGUGUGAGGUAUAGAUACGGACCUGCCUCCACAACUCUGUAUGUCAGCUCAGGCAGCUCUAUCGACUGGGCAUACAGGAACGGGAUCCCCUACGCGUUCGCGUUUGAGUUGAGGGAUACAGGAUACUUUGGCUUCCUCCUGCCUGAAUCACUAAUAAACCCAACCUGCACUGAGACUAUGAGAGCUGUGAAGGCCAUCGCAUCGGGUCUGCUGAAGAAAUGCAAGACAGACAGCGAGAAAUUUCCAUUUAUAUGAACCCACCCCGAGAGUUACCUAUCUUAACACCUAAUAUUUUCCCGAGAUUUCAUAUUCUUCUAAGAUGUUAUCAGGUGACGAGCUGACAAAGACCCACAAAGCGUGAAUUUGAAUUUGGUGUUCAUCUUAUUUUCCUUUUCUGAUAAGAGCUGAUGGUGAUGCAUUUUUGUGUGCAAGAAAAGCAAAAAAAAAAAAAAAAACCUUGAACCCCAGAGGAUAUUUUAAGUAAUGCAUACUUUUUUUUCAUACGUUGUAUUUUUUACAGUGAAUAGUGAUCAUGUGAUCACUCAUCAUGCUACAGCAGCACUUUUAUGGCAAAGAUAAAGCUAAUUUUUUUUGUCUUCCAAAAUGUGCUUUAUGAAAUACAUGUGUAAAAAGAAUAACAUCUUUAACACAGUCUUUAUUCUGUUUUUGUUUUAAAGAAAAUACUCUUACCAAGUGCCCGUUUAGAUUUUCAUAUAAUGCAUAAACGCCUCUAUUACUGCAAAUUAGCUGGUGUACAUAAUAAGCUCGCCAAAGGGAUAUGUAUAAAUAUCAAUGUAGGUCUUUUUUAAUACCAUUUUUCUCUCUUUCAUUUGGCUCAGACUGACAUUUGGAAAGGAUGACCUGUAACCUUAGUAGCUUACUGUGUCAUUACUCAGGCAUGAGAGAAGGCAGCGUCUGAAAUGUUUACUUGUGGCCAGCUUUGUUCUUACUAAGAGAUCUUUUUAAAUGUCUGACGUGAAUAAAUGUUGUUUUAUAAUACAGAACAUAUUUUUCUGAUUACAUUUAUGUCAACUUUGCCUCUCUACUUGUCAGCUUUUACAAGUGUAUGUUUUGUUUGGGCUAUUUUCAUUUAAUUUGGCCUCCAGCUGCAACUGACAUCAUUGCAAAUUAUUCCCUUCUAAGGAUUUUCUUGCAAAAAAAAAAAAAAUCUACCCACCUGCAAAGAACAAGGCUAUAGGUCACAUUUUCAGCCCUCAUUUGUGUCCUGUCAGUGUUUUUUGCACACAUACUCGUAGCCAUGUUUGAUGAUAAACAUUAUUCUAGUCAGGAGAUGUUUGCAAUGAAUAACUUGCUGACCUUUCUUGAUUUAACC